AUGAAUACUAAAGAUGUGGAUCGAGGAACAUUAUCAUGUAGUAAAACAAGAACUGGGAGUCUUUUAUUCGAUGUUAAUGAAGCUCUCAAAGAAGCUCGAGAAAUUAUGACUGAUGGGAAACCACGUGAGCGCCACCUAGAGCAUUUGUUAGAGGAAUCGACAACCGUCCAAGUGCUAAAAGCUGGGAGGCAUGGUGAUCCUAUUGAAAUUGUUGUUACUCGUAGUACUGUGACUUCUCAACCCAAUACAGAUGACGAAGAUGAUGGAGCAUUGUCAGGAAGUGAUUCCGAAUCACUUUUGCAACCGCGCACCAAAUCCAGUUCUCUUUCUCGUAGCUAUACUUUCAGUGGAGAGAGGAAUUCUGAUGAUUUCAUCUCUCAUCGUACAAAUAUUCAUUAUCGACGAAAACGUGGUGACAGUUGGCGCUUAGAUGAUGGUGUAAAAGGUGAAGAUGACGGGCAUUUAGAGGUGGAAUUAAAAGCUGAAUAUGGACAAGAUGACGAUGGAGAACUUUUUGUGAAAAAGUCUUGGGAAGCAACCUGGCGUGUACAGAAAUUUGAGUAUUUACCGGAAUGGCUUCAGGAUAAUGAAUAUUUGCGGCAUGGACAUCGACCACCAUUACCAAGCUUCGCUCAGUGUUUCCGCAGUAUUUUAUCGAUUCAUACUGAAACUGGAAAUAUUUGGACUCACUUAGUCGGGUGUCUUGCAUUUGCGUUACUGGCUACUUGGUUCAUGACUCGACCUGAUACUGAUAUUCGUAUCCAAGAGAAAGUAGUGUUCUCUUUCUUCUUUGCCGGAGCCAUUAUUUGUCUUGGCAUGUCAUUCACUUUCCAUACAGUAAGCUGUCACUCAGUUGCUGUAGUACGCAUUUUCUGCAAAUUAGAUUACAUGGGCAUAUCAUUAUUGAUUAUUGGCUCAUUUGUACCUUGGAUAUAUUAUGGCUUUUAUUGUCGCCGUGAACCAAAAAUAACUUACAUCGCAAUGGUGUCUGUUCUGGGUUUAGGUGCAGUAAUUGUUUCACUGUGGGAUAAAUUCAGCGAAUCACGAUAUCGACCGCUCAGAGCAGGCGUCUUUCUAGCAAUGGGAUGCAGUGGUGUGGUACCCACUGUUCACUUUAUGAUAACUGAUGGAGUGCGAACAUUAUUUCAAGAUGCAGCAUUCCACUGGCUGCUGUUAAUGGCAGCCUUAUACAUUUUUGGCACAUUGCUAUAUGCUACACGAACACCCGAACGUUUCUUUCCUGGCAAAUGUGAUAUUUUAUUUCAAUCCCAUCAGCUGUUUCACAUCUGUGUUGUUGUUGCGGCAUUUGUUCAUUACUACGGAAUAUCAGAAAUGGCAAUGCAUCGGAUAAGGGCUUCUUGCCCUAUGGAAAGUGAUGCUGUAAGAGCAUUUCAUCACCUCGUGGAAGGUGUUAAAAAGGCGGUACACGAAGCAUUGUAG